CGAGGAGAGAGGGUGGGAUAGAGAGAGAAAAGGGUGGAUAAGUCCCCUCCCUGUGCUUUUACCUGAUCUCAGCAUAGGUGAGAUUGACAGAGAGGAAGUGGUGGGUGAGAGGAGGCCUGGUGGAUCUACUCUACAAUAUGGACAAUAUGAGCUUAAUCAGUUCCUUCUUCAUUUUGGCCUGCUUGUGUGUUCAUGAUGUGUGGGGUGCUAUUGGUACCUCACAGAUAAACUGUGAAGUUGGACUUACAUAUAAUUUAGGCUCUGUUGAAGAGGAAUAUGAAGGAGACGUAGAGAUCAUCACCAAUAUCAGCCCAUCUGAUGAGUUGAGGCUGGAGGCAUAUAUAUUUGAAAGUGGUGUGACUUUCCUGGAGCUUAUCCAUUCACCUGGAGACACAACCGCAACUGUGCGAACCACUAAACCUCUGGAUGCUGAUGGAGUUCUGAAGGAGUCUGGUGGAACACUAUAUUAUUCAGUGACCUGCACAAAUUCAAGAGUGAGGAAUCCUCGCACCCUUGAUCUUGUGGAUAUCAAUGAUAACGCACCAGUCUUUGAAAACAAAGAAUACAACAACAUUGUGUCUGAGACAAUACAGGUCGGCUCUGAUGUCCUGAAAGUGAAGGCAGUUGAUGCUGAUGUCACACCACAGUACAGCACAGUUUAUUAUUCCAUACAGCCUCCAGUUCCAGCUGAGUUUGAGCUGAGGGGUGAUGGGACCAUCAGACUGCUGAGUCGCCUUAACUACAAUAUUGCCAACCAAUACACUUUCACCGUGGAAGCUAAGGAUAUUGAUGACCAGAAGGACACAGCGACCAUCACCAUCAAAGUGGAAGACUUUGACAACCUGAACCCUUAUUUUGAUCACGGUCUUUAUCAGGCAUCCUUUCCAGAGAACCAGGAGGGACAAAUCUCAGCAGUUGCUCCAAAUGCAAUAAAAGCUCAAGAUGGAGAUACGGGAAUCAACGAGCCUGUAGUUUACAGCAUAACUGCGGUUGACCCCAAUGAGGUCCUAAGCAACUUCAACAUCGACCCAAACAGUGGGGUCAUUUCAGUGACAACGGCACUGGACAGAGAAGAAAUAGAAACGAUCACCAUUCAAAUACAGGCAGCUCAGCAGGAUGACAGCACAAAGACUGGCAAUGCUGUUGUGUUUCUGGCUGUUGAAGAUGAGAAUGACAACCCACCAGAGUUUGACCAGAGCGAGUACACUGCAGUUAUUCCGGAAAAUUCCCCAAAUAAUAUGGUUGUACUUCAGGCCAAAGUCACAGACCUGGAUCAGGGAGGUUUCGUAGGAACGCUGCAUGUUAUUCCAGAUACGGUUCCAUUCUCCAUUAGCCCGGAUGGAUCCAUCAGGGUGAAGUCAUCUGCUGAACUAGACAGAGAGACCACCAGCAGCUUCACCUUUCAGAUUGAGGCCAAAGACAGCCCUGCUUCCAACUUCAGUGCACUGGCCACUGUGAACGUCACCCUCUCUGAUGAGAACGACAACACCCCAGUGUUUGGAAAAUCCAAGUAUGAGGGCAAAGUUUUCAUCAACCAGACUGUUGGAAUGUUGGUUGCCGAGGUAGAGGCCACAGACCUAGAUGAAGGACCAAAUGGGCAAGUCAGUUACUUCAUUGACUUUGGCAAUGACGAGGGCUAUUUUGCCAUUGAUGAAAACACAGGCGAGAUAGAAUUAAUCCAAGCCAUCAAUCUUCCGGAUAACGAAAUCCUUCAGUUUCCACUCUAUGUUAGAGCAAAAGAUGGGGGCACUGUGAGCAGAUCUUCCUCUGUGCUUGUGGACAUUAAAGCACCUGGAGAAUCUAGUCCCCAGUUCUUUGAGAAAGUCUAUCAGGGAAAAGUAGAGGAGGAGCAAGAGGCAGGCGCAGAAAUUGUCAAGGUGAAUUUUUUCUCCCUGGAUCCUUUGGUUCCUGUCACCUUAACAGUUGAGACAGAGGCAGACAAGUUCUCCAUAGACCAGCCAAGCAGAACGCUCAUAACAAAAGCCAAACUGGACUACGAAACCCAGAAGAACUACACAGUCCAACUGUCCAUCACAGAUGGCACCAACCGGAGCACAGCCUUAGUCCAUGUGGAGGUGCUAGACAUCAAUGACAACAGUCCUGAGUUUGCCCCCAUCCCAAGUUCUAUUGAAAUACCAGAGGACGCAGAAAUUGGAGACAACGUAACUUCUAUAUUGGCAACAGAUGCAGAUGCAGGUUUAAAUGCGGAGGUACGCUACAGUCUGGAGGGUUCUGCUGGGAUGUUUAGUGUCAACCCAGACACGGGCUUGAUCACGGUUGCAGCAGCGCUGGACAGAGAGACCCAGAGCAAGUAUAAUUUCAGGGUGGUCGCCCAAGACCAAGGCCGACCUGUUCUCUCUGCAGAGGCUUCCCUGGUUAUCACAAUAACUGAUGUCAAUGAUAAUGCCCCCAUCUUUUCCAAACAACAGUACGAGACCAUCGUCUGGGAGAACGCCACCAUAGGAACAGAUGUGAUUGGCGUCAACGCAACCGACAAAGACGAGGGUCUCAAUGCCGUUGUGUCGUAUCACAUCUCCAAGCAGGAACCUCCUUCUCCACCCGCAGCCUUUACAAUAGACACCGCAACUGGGUCUAUAAGCCUGGCUGAGAAGCUGGACUACAGCCAGGCUAAGAGAUAUAUGCUGGAGGUGGAAGGAAGGGAUGGCGGGAGUCCAUCUCUCACAGGCAGCGCUGUGGUGAUCGUUUGGGUGCAGGACGUGAACGAUAAAGCUCCAGAGUUUAGCCAGGAUCUGUAUGAUGUGGCUGUCUAUGAGAACAUAGCACCUGGAUCUGCUCUGGUGUCUCUGGAGGUAACAGAUGAGGAUGAGGGUGGAUUCUCCAACGGCCACUUUCUACUCACAAGUGAUAUAUUCAGUAUUAACGGUCAAGGUGUCGUCCACCUGCAGAGUCAUGCUAGCCUUGACAGAGAGACAAGAGACAACUACAUUAUACAGGUGGUGGCUAUAGAUCAGCCUGUCGAUGGCUUGAGCUCAACUGCCCAGAUCAACAUAACAGUUUUGGAUGUCAAUGACAACAACCCACAAUUCAUAGACCUAGAAAACCCUCAGAUGAUUCCUGAGGACCAAACAGGGGAAGUGUAUCAUAUCCAAGUUAGCGAUGCAGACAUUGAAGAGAAUGGAAUGGUUACCCUCACCACCUACUCCUACAAUGAACUCUUCACCAUCUCCAUGGAAGGGACUCUGACUGUGACUGGGAAUCUAGAUCGGGAAACACAAGAUGUUUAUGAGCUGGUCAUCGUGGCCACUGAUCACGGAGAACCACCAAGAAAUAACGUUACCACGGUGACAAUUAUCGUAACGGAUGUGAACGACAACGAUCCAAUCUUUACAGAGGAAUUGUACUCAGCACGUGUUUUGGCUAAGGAUGUCAAAAAAGGAGAUGUUGUGUUGACCGUGUCUGCGACAGAUCUGGACGCUGGGAACAACUCUCUCAUCUCAUACAGGUUCUCUUCAGAGCCUGCCCUGCUGGAUCUUCAUCCUGACACAGGAGUCAUCACCUGGACUCGUGACCUUACUGAUCUCACCGAAGACAUGGAGUUAGAGCUCACUGUUAUAGCAGAGGAUCAUGGAAUUCCUCCGAGAAAUAGUACAGCAAAGGUCCUGAUCGAGAUUAGAGCAGCUUCUCUGACGGAUGACUUGGCUUUUGAGAACUCCACUUACCACUUCUCAGUGAAGGAGAACGAACCGGUGGAAACAGAAGUGGGCGUGGUGAAAGCAAUAACGGGAAGUCAGCUGGUCCAGGUCACUUACAAACUGACCUCGCACUCAGACCUGUUCUCCGUGGACGAGAGUGGUACUAUCAGGACUCUUCAGUCCCUGGAUAAAGAGGAACAGGAGUGGUACUUCAUUAAAGUGGAAGCUACUGACAGCAGGACCCCUCCCAGCACUGCUGUGACCACGGUGGUACUUCAGGUAGAAGAUGUAAACGAGCCCCCGGUCUUCGACAGUGAAAAGUAUGAGGCAGAAGUCUUCAGCAUUGCCCCAUUCAGGUUUCCAGUAGUGACAGUGAAGGCGACUGACCCUGACGUUGGGGACACUGAGGAGCUUCAGUAUUCUCUGGAGGAGUCCAGUUCAUUGCUAGCAGUGGAGAGCUCCUCUGGUCAGGUCUAUGUGAUGGAUUUGACAGGAAUGGGCGGUAAGGUCAUAACCGCCCAGGUCAAAGCUACAGAUAAACACGGCCUCUUCGCUACAGCUGAACUCCAGGUGACGGUGAAAAACAGCGGCAGUGAUGACGUUGUGGUGAUCGCGCUCAACCAGCCGGUUCACACUGUGCAGGAGAAAAUUCGGGAAACUCAGAAUUCUCUGGAGAAAGUGCUCGGCUGGAGCGUGAACGUUUUAAGCAUGAGGGUGGAGAGCGGAAACGAGAUGCGUUCACUCCUGAGGGAAACCACCACCAAGACCUACGUCAGUUUUAUCGCAACAGACGAAGACGGCACCAUCAUAAGUGCCAAGGAGGUCAAUGAGAAGCUGAGGAGUGAACAGGAGAGUGUGAAAGUGGAGCUGGAGAACGUGUUUGGUCCUGGGCUGGAGGUAGAACAGGAGCUGGAAGGAGGUUCUGGAAGUUCACAAGAGUCUAACGAAGCUGUGGUUGUUGCACUCGCCGUUCUCUUAGCGCUAAGCAUCGUGGGGCUUAUUGUCCUAGUGGUGGUGAGCGUGAUCAAGUUCAAGAAGAUGAAGGACACGGAAGGUUCGGAUAAAGAGAGCUUUAACAUAGGAAAGCGACACAUGAGUGAAGUCUUCACUAAUGAAGUGGUGUUUACAGAGACACAGGAGGAUCAGGGAAGUUACAAAGGCAGCAGGAAAACAUCAGAAGUAUCGGAGAAAGGAAUCACUGCAGUGGCAGCUUUUUGAAAAACACCUAUU